GGGGAUUCUGCGUCUCACGUUAUGUACACACCGCUGCUGGAGCGCGUCGCCGCGGCCGGCUACGUCGUGGUCGCAGCCGACGCCGGUGGGCAUAGCCUCUCCGGAAAACUCGCGGAUAAAGAAUUUGUUCAGAAAAUUUCUUUAUCAAAUGCAAAAAUGUCUGGAUCUGGAAGAAUAUAUGGUUGUCAUGCUUGUCUGGCAUGAGUCUUAAAUCUGUCAUGCACGUUACCCAAGAGCUCCGCUUUUCUGUUGCGCAGAAGCGCAUUUUGUCAUGCAGAAUAGGCAACACCUAGGAGCUCAGAAACUUGUCAUGCUGCGCCAGCAUUUGUAGCCUCAUCAUGAGACGCCACCCAGCAUCACAAGUUUCCAGACCCAGACACUUUUACUUAUGAUAUCAGUGUCGGAGACGCGCGGGACGACAGGAAAUCGCCCCUCGACCGGACGAGCACGAAGGUGUGAUCCUCGCGAACUCCUUGCGCAGUUUGGCGUCGGGGGAGUUUGAACCUACCGCAGGAGAAGACCCGACCCGAUCCGGGCAUAAGUUGGGAGAGCUACUGCGGGCGAAAGUAGAGGGAGCCGAGGUGGCUGUUGCUGAUGCGCGAAGCGGACGCCGGGUUGACAUUCCGCAUGCCGUUAUUGGACACUCUCGCGGAGGCAUGGAGGCCAUGUUUGGGGAAGCUCCGGACCGCCGACUGACCAUGGCAAUAAACAAGGGAGCAUACGUGGCCACUCCUCAGUCUGUAUACUAUGCCAAUGAAGUGCCGGUCAAAUUGGACCACUCGUCGGUGGUUACAAUCACCGGGACGGAGGACGAAAUUCAAAACAAGGAUCGACAGGGGCGACUCAUGACUGAAGCACUGUUUCCAAGGCAGGGCCGGGCUUAUCAGACAAAGGACAAGCUGGAAUACAUGAAAGUAAACAAAUUGUAUGGCCGCCACAUCGAGAUUCAAGGCAUGCGCCACGACGUCUUGUGUCCAGUCCUCUGCGAGGCGUUGUGGAAACUCCCAGAGGAGGUGAAGCAUUCCUACAGAGUUUGGGGUUGGUCAUCUCUGGUCAGACCCUUUAAGUCCGUGAAAGAGGUGCAAGCGUAUUUUAUCGAGCAGCUUCGUAGCAGUCAAGGCUUCGCCUACGAGUGCAGUACGGAUACGGCGCAACUGGCAAAAAAAAGUCGCGACAUCACAAGUGAGCUCGUUCUAGCGGCGCUGGGGGAUGCGUUUAGUCGUCGUUCCCGUAGAGGUGGUGACACAUUGCAGAUCGACAAAGCCAUCGCGAGGUUUAGACCACAGGCUACGGACGAAGGGUUCAUCAGCACGGUUGUGAGGGAGAACGGAGGACCUAAGUUGCUUGGAUGAACAGGUUGUCCGACCCAGUAAUCAUGAACGACGCGUGGCAUCAAAUUCCGGAAUAGAUGCGGAGUGUUCAAGAAGCAGCUGCAGGAGGAGGACCAGGAUGCCACUACUGAGUUUCCCCGUUCAGCAUUUGACAGAUAAGCAUGCAGAAGUAUGAGGCGACUUGCAGGGUGAAAAAGAAGCCACGCCACUGCAAUAGCCCACACACAGUCUUCUACAAAGAAAAAAAAUCGUGCUAUAGACUAUUCGAACUUCGUAGUUAAGUAAGCCUACUCACCUCAAGUAUGUAUGAUGCGAGAUUUUGACUUUUGAUGAUGACAGGCAAGGUAGGAUUUCGCUUUCUGAUGUUAGCCAAUGACCCUCAAGAAGUUUUUUAAAAACUAUCUCGGGUCGCUGCGCCGCUAUAAAUUUUCUCACCAGUAAUCGGCCAGCGCUUCCGCCUGGUUCGCUAAAGCUGUGCGCUAUGUUCGUUCGUCCCGUAUAGCUAUGCUCGUUCGCCCUUAUAGUUACGUGUAAACUUUUCAGAAUUUUCUAUCGAAACAUAAGACGGACACGGUCCGCAAGUUUGAAAAAGUUAAGAACUUUACCAAGAUAUACUACCUAAAAACUAUAGCAAUUAUCCAACUGGGAGCUCAAACGCAAAAAAAAGAAACAAAAACCAAAAACCUAGAGAGUACUGCUAAAAACCUUACAACAGACUUUCUCUGUUCUGUCGUGCAUGUGCCUUCUACAUGAUCGAUAAACACUACUGUGCCGAACUGAGGAUUUAUUGAUGAACAAAUUCCAUACCAGGGGUUUUGAAUAUUCCCGUUUUGACUAUUGCGCUGUACUAUACCAGGGGUUUUGACUAUUCCUGUUUUGACUAUUGCGCUGUACUAUACCAGGAGUUUUGACUAUUCCCGUUGUGCUGUACGCACUUCAAUCUCUUAUAUUCAAAUCGA